CCUGCCUUGGUAGAGAGUGCCUGUGCUGGAGGAGAGUGCUGUAGGGCCCCUCUCACGCAUGAGACACACACACACACACACCGCAGUGAUGGAGCCCUGCAGGGAGGGAGCGUUUUUCCAGCGGACCCGACUGCACUGGAUGGUUCUGAUCACUUUCUUGUGUGUCAUGCUGACAUGGGCAGUGUUCUGGCCGCAGCAGGUCCCCUAUGAGGCGCUGGGUCCAGUCGGCGCUUUCUCCAAGCACAUGGUGGAGCAUCACUACCCCCUGCUGUACUACGGCUGGUGGUUUGCCUGGUCUAUCCACGUGGCCGAAGCCGUUUACAGCCUCAAACUCUGCAGUGACAAGGGCAUCGACAGCCUGUUCUCGCGCUUCCUGUGGUGUUUGCAGACCUUCCUGUUCGGGAUCGCCUCUCUGUCACUGCUGCUGAAGUACCGACCUGAACCGCGACCCAAACGCCACUGAGACCCAGACACUACACCCUGCUCCCCACCCACACACACCCCUCCACCCCCAUACAGUUCUAAUGUCUGAGAUUGUAUGUAUGUACGUGUGUGUUUUUAAUUGUGUGCUUGCUAAAGCCCUUCCUGCCUCCCAGCCCCUCGGCUCUAAUGGCUGUACCAGGACUGUGCUGAAUCUAUUUAUUUAUUUGCUGACGUCACGGGACUCCAGCUAGGCGCUUGGGAUAGUUAAAUACCAUCCGCUAACGGAAGGCCGGAGAUCACUCAGGAACCCCUCAAAACCCAACCUGGAAAAACUUUGCCAAAACCUGCCUGCCACACCCUGUGCUGCUGGCGUGCGUGCGUGCGUGCAGAAAAGGUGGAACACAAUGAUGAAUCAUGACAUGAAGCCACUCUGAGUGAAUCAAAACUGGACAUGUUAACUUAUUACGAAUCCUGUUUUAAUUAAAAGAAAAGAAAACAGCACCUAGUUAAUACUGUUAUCCAUGUCUUCAGAAUUAUGUCAGUUGGUAAUCUAGCGUGCGCAAGACAAGAAUCUAGCAUGUGCAAGACAAGAAUCUAGCGUGCAAAAGACAAGAAUCUAGCGUGCAAAAGACAAGAAUCUAGCGUGCAAAAGACAAGAAUCUAGCGUGCACAAGACAAGAAUCUAGCGUGCAAAAGACAAGAAUCUAGCGUGCAAAAGACAAGAAUCUAGCGUGCACAAGACAAGAUGUGCUACAAACUGACCCAUAUCUAAUGACUUGGAUAACAGCAUUAACGAUGGACUGUUCUUCUCAUUACAACAUGAUUCAUAAUGAAUGUGCCCAGUCGACCCUGUAAGAGUGUCUUUUCAUUCAGCGCCUCGCUUCGCAGUCCACUUACCCAACCAUAGUGCACAGGAGACGUCUUAUAAGAAACGGGAUCAGCACUACAUAUGAACUUCUAUUAGACAAACAGUCAGUGUGUGUGUGUGUGUGUGUGUGUGUGUGUGUGUGUGUGUGUGUGUCUGGGGCAGUGCCAGCAGAGUUGCUUAAUAGUCUGGAAAUGCAAUACUAUAAAUGUCUGUAGCAGGUAAUUGGCUGGGGUCAGCCUGCCCUUCACUAUUGGGAUCAGAAUUAUCCAGCUCUAAUCCCCCCUCUCUGCUGCAGGAGCUGUCUCCUUUCGUUACCUUUCCUCAGUGAAGUAACACUUUCAUCCUCCCUCUCUUCUCUUUGUCUCUGCUCUAACACUCUCUUCAUCACAGGCAAUAAGAGGUAGAGGGGACCAUUUCUGAUUAGACUGCUUCAGAGUGAGUGAGAGAGGAGACUGGAUGGGGCAACAGAAACAAGUAUAUUCCAGCUCAAAGUUCAAUAAAAUAGAUCUUCCAGAUUCACAAUCUCCCUCUCAUUGAACAACUUAAUAUUAAAAAAAAAAAAAGGUUUUCAAGUUUUGGUUUAUUU